CAAGUUCGAUUGCUUUCGAAGAAAAAGCAGAUCAAAGUCAACGGCGCAGCAUUAUUACAUAGCAGUCAAGAACGAGGAAAAAAAUUCUAACGCGAUAGCUGGUUGACCCAGCCGAGCGGACGAAAUAAAGAACGAGCGCGUUAGUGGUAGCACGUGCACGAGGAAGAGAGAGAGAGAGAGAGAGAGAGCGAACACAAGGAUGAGGCGGCAAUCUUUUUCAUCGAGCCUCUCGUCGGGGAGCGGCGGUGCCGGGGAACCGCUGAUCGUCGUCGAGGAGAGUACCUUGGGCGAAGAGGAAGCGGAGAGACGCAGAAACGAGUCACCGCCACGUUGCCUUGAUCCCGACUCACCCUCCCUCAAUCCCUAUUUGCUGUCGCCUUGGCGAGAGGCGCGUAAACACUCGCUACCUACGCCUCAGUGCACCACUGGCAUAACCGCUUCUCAGGUACGUCGGCUGAGCGAGCGAGGGGGCGAGGGCUCGGGGCCAUCACCAAGGGAAGCCGCCUUCCUGGCGACGCUCUCACAGUCGACGCCACCACAGCCAGGCGGCCGACGACACUCUGUCGUUACCAUAUCCCGGGUGCCAGCGACUCUCUUCGGGCGCAAUCGCCGCGAGUCAAUCGCCGCCUUCCCCAUGGGCGGAGCCACGAGGAUAUUGGCGAGUAGGCGCGACUCCGCAGCCGGUUUACCGUCCGGACCGCCGAGCAACAGCGGCAGCACCCACAACUUGCAGCUGGAUAUUAUGGACGACAUCGCCGAGAUAAAGGCGGCUAGGAAGGUGCGGCUAAAAAUGUGGAAGACACCAUCCCGAGAGCGCGUGUGCGAGGUGCAGCCCCUCGAAGGCAACAGCUCCGGGUGCACGCAGAGAUAUACACAGUACCAACCUCGGCGAUACUCGGAUUUCGCCCUGACGACGAUCCCAGCGGUGCCGACACGGAGACGCGCCUCGGAGAUGCCACCCCGGGUACCGCCCCCUGUACCGCCGAGAACAGGCAUCGUGUGCACCAAUACCGACCUUAUAUCGAUUCUUAGUUCGCUCACCUCGUCCGCCACGGAGAUCGACAGAUGCGGCACCGAGGACGAUGACAGCAAGUCCUCGACAUCUGCUACAAAGACGAUCGAGCAAAAGAGAAACAGACUGAAAAGCAAUCGGUCCAACAGCUUUGACGUCUCAAUACUGAACGAGUGCAACGAGGGCAAACAGUCGGGUGCCACAGGGACGUCCAAGGGCUCGGGCGACGCCAAUCCCUCGACAAUGUCGCCGUCGUCGUGGUUCGUUAAGCGCCACCAGCCAAUGGCCAAAAAACAAAGGAGCACGGACGCGGCCCCUGCGGCCCUCAGCUUAAAUUUCGAGAAGUCGAGAGUAGUGAAGUUGAUCAAGGACAAUCUCGCGAAGACCUCGCCGACGAAGGACGAGGCCGAGCUGCGGCACAAGGUCGUUUGGGAUGGAUCCAGCGGCACCAAAGUCGAUGCACAGAUUUUAGGCAAUGCUAUCGAGGAAUUUUUAAGAAGUAGUGGAGUCAGUAAUGAGAUAAGCGAAACCUUGGACAAUACAAAUACCUUGAGAAAGUCACCGGGAAAACCAACAAAAGGUGGUCCAGCGAGUGGUUCUACCAGUAAAGUCACAACCUGGUUUACCAACGAUAAUUUGUCUGACACGAGCAACAUCACCGGAGGAGCAACAACGUCUGGUAACAAGGAAGAUGAACAAAGUGAUUCAUGCGAACCAUCGAUCUGCUCAUCCUUAAAAGAUCUUUUCGUCAAGUGAACAUUAUACAAAUGGACAACAGCACGAAGAAUGGAGAUAAAAUGUUUA